CAGCGUGCCUCGGGCCGCCGCUGAGGCGCCAUAUUCCGGCCUGCGGUACUUCCGGUGCCUCUGCGCUGACUCGGCCUUCCGUUGAGCGCCGCCGGCCAGAGACGAUGAAGCUCCUGAUUCUCGCUGUGUUUGCCCUGUUUUACGUGGCCCACUGUGAGGAAGGCGCCAGGCUCCUUGCCUCCAAAUCUCUAUUAAACAGAUAUGCAGUGGAGGGCAAGGACUUGACUUUGCAGUACAACAUCUACAACGUUGGCUCCAGUGCUGCUUUAGAUGUGGAGCUGUCGGAUGAUUCUUUCCCCCCAGAAGAUUUUGGCAUUGUCUCUGGGAUGCUCAACGUCAAGUGGGACAGGAUCGCUCCAGCGAGUAACGUGUCCCACACCGUGGUUCUGCGGCCUCUCAAAGCUGGUUACUUCAACUUCACCUCCGCUACCAUCACGUACCUGGCACAGGAGAGUGGACAGGUUGUGGUUGGUUUCACUAGCGCUCCUGGGCAGGGAGGAAUCUUGGCUCAGCGUGAGUUUGACAGGAGGUUCUCCCCUCACUUUCUGGACUGGGCAGCUUUUGGUGUGAUGACCCUGCCCUCCAUUGGGAUCCCACUGCUGCUGUGGUACUCGAGCAAGAGGAAGUAUGACACCCCCAAGACCAAAAAGAACUGAGCAAAGUCAAAUGCCACCAGCACCCCAGAGCUCAGGAAAGAACAAACAUGAACCCACCCAGAGCAGCAGGUGUGUUGGGAUCAGCACCGUCGCCCCUGCAAAGCGCUGCCUGGGUUACGCUUCCGCCCUGCGGGCGAGGGGGAAUCAACCCAACUGAAAAUCCCAGACCUCCUUGGCUGCGUGUUCGGAGCAGAGACCCCUCGCUCCGUGGCAGGCGUAGUGCUGGCGCAUCUGUGAUGCGAAUGAGCUCGUGCCUGGAGGAGCCUGCUCGGGGCGGUGCAGCUCCGCAGUGUUUCUGCCAUCUGUGCUGCCUUCCAGACUCCAUUCGGCCAAACGGCUGCCAUCUCAGAUGUAUUAAAUCUCGGGGCCCCGCUCCUCCGAAUGCUGCCUGCCUUGCUGAAACACCUGUGGGAAGGAGCUCUGUUAGAGUGACAAAACCAGGCCGCCCUUUGACAGCCUGUUAGAGCUGCGGCUUUGCAGGGUGGGGCAUGGGAGGUCCCCGCUGAUGCUUGUUCUCUAGAAAGGCCCAUUGUAUUUUGGUGAGCAGUUCAUUGCUGCGUUUCUGUUCUUUCUGGUUGCUCUGUUCAGGGUUGAGGUGUCUUGAGGUACUGAGGAUUUUGUAAUAAAAUGAACGCCGUGAAAGAAGCCUGCCUUUCUUUUACCAGGAAGUCCUGGAGGCACUUGGCUGCCUUCAGAAGCAGCUAAGGGGCGUACAGUCGGUAAAACAAAGAACUACAUUAUCCAUAAAAUAAAUGGAAAAGAGGGCCCAGAGGGCUCCAAGCCCUAGUAUAAGAUUUCUCUUCACAGCCAUAAAUAAAUGCCGCUGUGGCUGCA